AUGAAAGAAUUGAGGCCCAAAAAGGCGCGGGAGAAUGAAAAAUUAGAAGGCACUCGAAGCCCAUCACGUCCACUCGGCCUUAUCCACACUGCAUCUGGCUGCCAUCGUUCUCCCGCAUCAGCUGCCGCACUGCAUCUCGCCGUCGACUCCGCCAACCCUAGCGCAGUCGCCGACUCACCCCCUCCUUGCCGCCCCGCCCCGCCCGGCGCCAUCCCCUCCAUCACGCAGCCAGCCUCCUGCAACCCCCGCCUCGACCCAGCACCGCCGCCUCUGAAUCCCAUACUCACGCUGCCACCAAAUCCCCAUCGACAACUCCCCACACCCACACCUCCGACGCACGCCGCCGUCCAUUCGCAUCCACGUCGCACCCGCAUCCCCGCCCAGAGCCACCGCCGCAUUCGGUCAAAAUCGGGCAGCACGGCAGCCGGCAGCCAGAUCCACCAUGAUGCAUCCAGAUCCACCGUGCCCAAGUCAUGGAGCUUGUCCACAAGGUUCGACCAGAUCCACGUUGCCCAGGGGGACCUGACGGAGAAGGGGGAGAAGGACCAUCGGGAGGUCUUCAUGGCACGUUUCAUGUUUCAGAUCCUUGCCCACAACCGGCGCUGCUCCGACCCUAGUAUAUGGGACAAGGAGGAUCCCUGACCUAUUCAACAAGCUCAAGGAGGAGAAGGAGCCCUGCCUACUUAAUGGCGCGCUUCAUCAAAACCACGACCAAGCCAGCCCUCAAGCAAAGGUACAAUUUCAUACCCACCAAAUCUCAACCUGUACUGUAUUUUUUGUUUCUUCAUCAUCCAGCCGCGGGUCUUGCAAUUGUACUGAUAUAUAUGUGUGGUUAGACUAAAACUGAAGCAUCCUUCCUUUUUGGAUCUUCAAUUCUGCUAUGAAUGAAUAUGCAGCAGCAACCCAUCUAAGAAAAAACGACACAUAUCCAUGCAGAUUACUAGCACCAAGUGGAGUGCACAUUCCAGUAAAAUCUUAUCAGUUAAUGUUCUUGACAAACUUCUAUAGUCCUGAAAACAGUGGAAUACAGUAUUUUGUUGAGAAAAAAGUGCUAUCUUGUUUUUCUGUAGAGGGAUUUCACUCUUUGCUAUGUGACAGAUUGACAGUUGUGCUUGCUAUCUCCAAUGUUGACCUGGAAACUGCAGAAUCAUAUGUGCGCAUUGUGUAAAAAGCUGAGAUUGUGAUUGAUAUGCAGGUUAGAUAAUAAGGUAUAAGACUCUUAUACGCUGAUGUAUAAGGUUGCAAUGAAUGUCCUUUUGGGGUCUUUCAUAGCAGAAAGUUAUAAUUUUCUGAUACAUUGUUAUAUAAGGCUCUAGACACUGCAUAAUCUUUUGAUUUUAGUUUGAAUACCUUGUAAUUUGUUUUUAUCGUUGCAUGUUAUCGUUUGACUCUAUUUCGAACACCUCAAAGAUUGCUUCGGCUAGUACUUAUGAUUUCAAAGCCUUAUUUAGUUUUAUAAAAAAUAUUGAUUUGUGUUGGCUUGUGAUAUUUAGGCAAGGAUUGAAACUUAGUAGUACAAACAAACGUGAUGCAGUGACACGACAUGAUAGGUAGUUCUAAUACUAUGCAUGCAGAUCGAGGUUGUUCGUAAAGUUAUGCAGAAGCAACCAUGACAGCCGGUAGCAGUCCUCGCAUCUAGAAGGUCACCAAUAUAAUGCCUUUGCAUCCACAAGUUUCUAGAGGUGUGUUUGGUCAGCUAAAAAGGAUCUUCUGCUGGAAUAUGUUUCUACCAAAAACGGAAUCUUAUAUUUUGCACUUUUGUCUUUUAUGUAAUACUUUGACUUAUGAACCUACAAAUUUAUGCAUGUGUACAUGUAGACCUGAUGGAUGUCCUGUUACUGGACUUGUAUGCUUAUGUGUGCACGUAAGCACGCAAGAUGGAUCUUUGUGCUUUUGGCUGUCUUAGACUUGUGUAUACACACACACACACAUUAUCUAUUAAGUGAUGCAAUCUUAAUUACUGGA